CUGGUUUUGACAUUUAAAGUAGGUACCGCAUACUAAAUUAGUUUCCUCAAGAAGUCACUAUGGAAAUGGCAUGGCUAUAUGAUAACUUUCGACCUUCACGCCCAAACAUAGUUUUGUAUCUUUCCUUACUCCAUAUUCACCUCACUCUUCUUCUGAAAGCACCAACAAAUUACACAAACUCUACAUCCAAACCAAACCCGAUGGUGGACAUCAACUCACCUUCAUCUCCCGAUACAGGGCAAGAUGCAACUGCUGCUCCCGGCCAUGGCAGUGACCCCAAAAACAUGCCUCCAACAAAUACCAGCGAUGCGGAAAACAUGCCUCCAAGCAACGUCAGCGAUUCCAAAAAAAAAAAUCCCCUUCGCCGUGCCACCCGAAAGGAUCACGGCCACCACGAAGCAGAGAUGAAAAAGACUGACCAAGAGUCUGAUUAUGAGUUUGCCGACGUGUCCGAUCCCGAGGAACAGUAUGACUUCAUAAUGGACAAGAUGAUGAACAUGGACGAGGACCAGUAUCAGGCCUAUAAGAAAAAACAUCCCCGGCCAAAUAUGUCAUCCUCAGGAUCUUGCGGGCCCGAGGUGGCAUUUAAGUAUUUAAGGGAAAUGUACGACGAGGAGGACGAAGAAGAUGCCAAAGAGGCUGCAUCUGCCGGGAGCCAGCCAACGAAGAAGCAGUAGUUGGGAAGAGGGUAG